AUGGAAAGGUGCAUAAAAUUUAACGUUUUUUGUCUUACAAACAUUUUAAAAAAGAAAAGCAAGCAUAACCGAUUCAAUUUUAUAUCAAAGACCAAUGAACUUAGAUACGGUGUUUACCAUAAACUUCCUCAUCACUCAAAAUAUUCAAAACGCGGUGAAAUUGUUGUAACAUUACCCCGUGCUGUCGCAAAAUAUUCUAAUUCUGGAGAUGUAUUAUCAAUAAAUGAAUUUGAAAAUGCAGAUAAAACAAAUAAUAAUCCAUACUAUCUAAUAAAAUUGGUCAAUGAAAAAAAUCCAGAAAACUGUCUGCUGAAAACAUCGAAAUUCGAAGAUGAGAUCAUAAUUCAUUUAAAUAGAAACAAUGUGUUUCAUUUUGAUUAUUAUACCUCUGUUGAUCAAUGUAAUAGUACAUUUGCUUCGAUAUCAGUGAGUCAUUAUGUUAGAUGA